AUGGCAAGUGCGGAUCCCCCCUCCGGGGCACGGCGGGGCGGCACGGGAUUCACACCAGCUGGACUAACAUUCUGGUCCCUCAACGUUAGAGGCCUCAACAUCCCGGAGAAGCGCUCCUCGCUUAUGCGGCGGCUGUGGGCCGCGAGAGCGUCCGUGGUGUUCCUGCAGGAGAUGCAUUUUCGUCAAGGGGACGCCCCGAAGCUGGGAGAUAAACGAUAUUCCAUCGGGUUUUAUGCCAACCAUCCGGAGGCCAAAAAGGCGGGAGUGGCGAUAUUGUUCACGAGUACGACACAGUUUCACUGCACGGGCCUACAGGCGGAUCCCCAGGGACGGUACCUGUUUAUCAAGGGCAAUAUAGCGGACACCACAUACACCUUUGCGUGCUUAUAUUGCCCCAACAGACGGCAACAUACGUUCAUCGGGCAGACGCUGGCCAAGUUGGGGAGAUUUCGAGAGGGGCUGCUGGUGGUGGCAGGUGACUUCAACCUCCCGUUGGACCCUCGUAGGGAUACGUCCAGAGGUGUUAGCACGAUCCCCACACACUGCCUGCGGGCGACUCUGCGCUCACUGCACAAACUGGGCCUAGUGGACUGCUGGAGGGCGAACCAUCCCGAGGAUAGGGAUUACACUUACUACUCGGCGGUCCACGCCCACUAUAGCCGCAUAGAUUACGUAUUCCUGGCGCAAGAGUAUUUGGCAGUGCUGCAGGGGUCGGAGAUAGGGAGCAUGGAACAGUCAGACCACGCGCCCAUGAUAGUACAUACGAGUGCCCCCCUUUUCAAACCCACGGAAAGGCAGUGGCGGUUAAAUGA